AUGGAUCUUUCAUCAGCAAUGAAUCCCAAAAAAUUGUCAAGUGACAUCAAUAAAAAGUUCUGUGAUGCUGAAGAAGAGCAACAAGUCGUAGCAACGACAAUGGAUAAUUUCAGCAAAGGUGUAGCGACAAAAUCUCAAUCGAAAAGUGGCCAGAAUCUGCCAUGCGAUUCUGAAAAAACACAAUUUGCGCUUGACAGUCUGCAAAUUAGCAAUGAGCG